UGUCCCUUGUGUGAUUACAAGAAAAGUGGUGAUCAUUGCACAUUGAUACUCCCGUGAUUCAGAGUUCUUUUGGUCUCAUCUUAUGAUUCAAUAUGCGGUUUGGUCACGAUUUUCAUCGGCACCAGGUUCCAGAAUGGGCCGAUGCGUACGUGCCAUAUUCUUUGCUGAAAAAACUGCAUAACAAGGCCAUAAAGAGGACAGAUGUUGGUCAGCCAGACUUCAAUGAAUUGUACACCGCGUUGGAGCACAGCAUAUAUUCAAUCGCGGACUUUUACAAGGAACACCAUGCGAUGCUGCGUGUGAAUGAAGCAGAACUCAUCCAAAGGUCAAACCUCUUACUUACUGUGAAUGCUUGGGAUGUUGAAUGUCUCAGUCAAAAUUUUCAUGAUCUCCGAGAAGAUUUCAACAAGCUGCAGUGGUUCUUCAGGGUCAAUUAUGAAGCGCUCGAGCGGAUGUCUACAAAAAUUGAAAGAUCGCCGAUUUCUGAUGACCAGCAUCAUCAGAGCUGCAAAUCUAAGUUGGCCAAGCUCACUGAAGACCAUGAAGGCUUGGUUUCAUCAUUUAUUGAGAGUCUGGACUCCUUCAUGAAAGCUGUUUUCCAUACUUGUCAUGAUGCAAAGACGUCUGAGACCUCAAAGCGUUCAUAUUUGAAAGCUUUCAUUGAUCGGUUCAGCUCCUCGCCCUCGUCUUCAGAGCUCUCCGACAACUUCGCUUCGUGUCUCUUGGAAGAUCGAGAAGAGAAUCUGGGUGAAUUACUAGAGAAGGUUUCUAACGAGAGCAGCUUGCCGGAUGGCCUUUCUUUUAGCAAUUUCCUAAAGCAUCUGACAUAUCUUUCGCUUGUAUGCACCGCCAGACAAUGCUCUCAUUUCCUGUUGUUGGUGGCAAUGCCUAAGCAUGAUGUUAAGCCAACCCACCUUCUUUUGAAUCAUAUGAUCGUCGCUUCAGGCAAACGUCGACAUUUGGCAGAUCUCGACGACUUGAACCAUGGUACUGUCUGUGAAUCCGAUGAUCAUUACGAUCUUUCCGGGUCUAACCUGUUCCACACAGUGGUGCAGUCACUUGGCGAUUCGAAAUCAGCGGUUCUGUCAACAAAGGAUACACUGGGCCGCAUACCUCUACACUACGCGGCGUUGAAUGGCCUACCAACUAUCUGUCGCAUGAUUCUGUCCUCUUUCCCGAAUUCUAAGGAGGAUAAUAUCCCAAGUCCGAUUUUAGCACGGGACUUCCAGCAGUAUACGCCUCUGCAUUAUGCGGUGAUUAAAAACCACCCGGUUGUUGUCAAGAGACUCUUGAACAAUCUUUACUCGGACAGUCAAACCAGCGGAGUCCCCGUGGAUGAGAAGUUAUUAUUUGACCUUCUUUCUACAGCCAUCCGUUAUGAGUUCGAUGACAUAGUCGAGCUAUUGGCACAACGUCAGAUUGACACGCAUCUGAGGUCCAGCGACGGAGAAACUGCGCUUUAUCUUGCAGCACGAAGAGGUCGCGAAAGUUAUGUUAAGACUCUACUUGAGAACGGCGGGGCGGCUGAUGUUAGCACUCCGGAGCCUGUGCAUGGAUGGACUCCGCUAUUCAUCGCCUGCGUGAAUGGCCAUGGAGCCGUUGCUAGAGCUCUGUUGCAAGCAGGAGCAAGACAAGAUAUCCAGGACCACAAUGGCUGGGCUCCCAAAGAGCACGCGGCUUUGCGGGGUCAUCUGGAAUUAGCUGGAAUGCUAGAUUCACUGGAAAACUUGAGUAUGUCCGGUGGCCCAGCUGGGAUGCCAAUGAAGCCGGUUUCAAAGCCUGGACAAGCCAUUGACUAUGAGAAAUCCCAUGUCAUCGUCAACCUUGGGGUUUUACAAAACGGCAAAAACGUCAAUGCUGUGGAUUUGAAUUACCCGAAUGAACACGCCGUCAACACGAAAGGCGGGCUAUCGAUCGAAAUCUCGAUCUCGGAGAAAGAAAGUGAAACUUAUGUUUCCGAGUUGCCUUUCUUGACAGACACAGUAAAUGACCCAUUUACGUUCACGGUUUCUAAACCAAGUGUGGCCUCGAUGUCUUUCAAGCUCUCACAGCAGGUACCUGGUUAUCCUGCCUCACGCACGCUCAUUGGUAGUGCUACGACUUUGCUGCAAACUCCGAGCGAGCCUUUUGGGGAGAACCGUGAGAGUCUUGUCAGGGAACGAACUAUACCGAUUGUUGAAAAGGAAACACUGGAUGUCAUAGGCACAAUAACGUUUACAUUCCUAAUCGUUAAGCCGAUGGCCACCCCUGUUUCGUCUACCAUAUCCGGGUCUUCCACCAAAGCUCAGGGCGUACAACUUGUUGGACAUAGAGGAUUGGGCCAGAACACAGCCAGCCGAAGUUACCUUCAGCUCGGAGAAAACACAGUCGAGUCCUUCCUUACAGCUGCAAAGCAUGGUGCUACACAUGUUGAGGUAAAUGCACAGUUAACAAGAGAUCUCGCUGCCAUAGUCUUUCACGACUUUUCACUCAGCGAAUCGGGCACAGACAUCCCUAUCCAUGACUUGACUUUGGAUCAGUUCAUGCACGCAAGCAAUAUCCAAUCACCCCGAGGAGAUCCUGCAUCCAUUCUUGGUAAGCCUUACGAUGAGACGGCUCAAACCAAACCUCGAUCUAGAUCAUUAUCGCGGGAUCACGAACGCGGAACCCAAUCCAUCCGCGACAGAAUGAAGUAUACCGUCGACUUCAUGAACAAAGGUUUCAAACCCAAUACCCGCGGUGACUUUAUCCAAGACUCUUUCACGACGCUGGAUGAGCUGCUCGAGAAACUCCCCGAGUCGAUCGGCUUCAACGUCGAGGUGAAGUAUCCCCGACUCCACGAGGCCGCCGAGGCAGGCGUUGCCCCGGUCGCGAUUGAGAUCAACACAUUUGUGGACAAGAUACUGGAACGAGUCUUCCGCUCUGAGAGUAAUACAAACCGCGAUAUUAUCUUGUCGUCCUUCACGCCUGAAGUCUGCAUUCUUCUCGCCCUUAAGCAGCGAAAGUACCCGGUGAUGUUCAUUACCAAUGCAGGCAAGCCACCGAUGACCGAUUUGGAGACGAGAGCGAGCAGUUUACAAGCCGCUGUCCGGUUCGCGAAACGGUGGAAUCUUGCUGGGAUUGUCUUUGCGUCGGAGACACUUCUAAUGUGCCCGAGACUGAUUGCCUAUGUGAAGAGAUCCGGGCUGACAUGUGGGUCUUAUGGGCUUUUGAACAAUAUCCCAGAGAACGCGAAGAAACAAGCAGCAGCGGGGAUUGACAUUAUUAUGGCGGAUAGAGUUGGACUUGUCGCUAAGGCCUUGAAGGAUGUUGAUUGAGUAUUUGGUGUAGUGAAUGAACCACAUCAUCAUCUACUAUUUCAUGCAAUUCACAUUUAUCUACAAGCACGAAAUAAAG